AUGUCGGUGCCAAUCUCGAGGCCAACGCUGUUUAUCGACGGGCAAUGGUGCUCCUCCAGCGAUGGAAAGACGCGCCCCACUAUCAACCCAUAUGAUGCAUCUGUCAUUAUGGAGGUUGAUGAGGCCACGGCUGACGAUGCCCAACGUGCUAUUGCCUGUGCCAAGCGGUACUUCACCACCUCGGACUGGCCCCACCGUAGCUACGAAGAUCGAUGCGCGCUACUCACACGGAUGGCAGAACUCUUGCAAUCCAACAAAGCGGAAUUAGCUCGACUAGAGACGAUCGAUACCGGCAAGACACUUGGCGAAAGUGAGAUUGAUAUUGAUGAUGUAACCAAUGUGUUUCAGUUUUACGCGAAGGAAGCUCUGAAACUGGGUCAGGACAAGCGAGUGACAGGUCCUUUGAUCCCUGAUACGGUAACAAGCCAGAUCAUUCAUGAGCCAGUAGGUGUAUGUGUGCUGAUCACUCCAUGGAACUACCCAAUUCUCCAGCUUUGCUGGAAGUUGGCCCCAGCGCUGGCCACUGGCAAUUGCGUGAUUGUGAAGCCCUCUGAAGUCACUCCUCUCUCAUCCAUCUACCUUAUUAAGCUACUUGUCGAGGCUGGUUUCCCCCCGCAGACGGUGCAAAUUCUCACAGCAUCGGGUGCUUCGAUCGGCCCUGCGCUCACAGAGAGUGAGGAUGUGGAUUUGGUCUCGUUUACGGGCGGUCUACAAACUGGACGUAACAUCAUUCGCAGCUGUGCGCAAACAGUGAAGCGGUGCACGGUAGAGCUGGGUGGUAAGAACCCCAAUGUGGUGUUCGCUGACUGCGACUUGGACUGGGCCGUGGACAAUGUGCUUACGGCCGUAUUUGUGCACAGCGGCCAAGUAUGCUCAGCUGGCGCUCGUUUGAUUGUAGAGGAGUCGAUUGCAGAUGCACUUGUGGCCGGGGUAGUGCAGCGUGCGCAGCAGAUUGUGAUGGGCGAUGGCCUGAACCCUGCCUCGGAAACUGGCCCACUCGUCUCGGCAGAGCAUUUGGCGAAAGUUGAGUCCUAUGUGGCCCUUGCGAAAAAGGAAGGCGCUCAGAUUCUAUGUGGUGGCAGCCGUCCAGAUCCAAAACGAUUCCCGCACCUAGCGAAAGGCUACUUCUUCUUGCCUACCGUCAUUGACAAGUGUGAUCGCACGAUGCGUAUCGUGCAGGAAGAGACGUUUGGCCCCAUCCUCACAGUGGAGAGGUUUCCGGAUGGCGACGAGGCUAAAGCGAUUGAGCUUGCCAAUGACACAAAGUAUGGCUUAGCGGGCGGCGUGCAAAGCAAAGACCAGGCGCGUGCGGAGCGUGUGGCGCGUCGCUUGCGUCACGGCACUGUUUGGGUCAACACCUAUGGCGCCUACACGGCCCAGUCAGAAUGGGGCGGUUUCGGCAUGUCGGGCAACGGUCGCGAGCUCGGCAGCAAAGGCCUCGACGAAUACGUGGAAGUAAAGCAUCUAUGGAGUGAAUCCAAGCCUGCCGUGAUGGGAUGGUUUAAGGGCACGGGCGAAGCGGCCCAUAUUUAA